AUGCGCAUCGUUUGGGUAUUAGCACAAGGUCCUGCAGCAGCAACUGACUUGAACAGUGAGCCUGCCAUCGAAUUCGACGAAGAGGCUGAGCCCGAUAUCCUCGACGACGACGCGGACGAAGCUGGCGGGGGCGAAGACCCAGACGCAGUGGAUCCAAACGACGAUGUAGUCGUCGUGGCAGGCGAUGCUAGUGCAGCGGCCUCCGCAAAAGAAAAAGCGAACAACACAGUCGAGAGCGAAAAGUCCAAGAGAGUCGACAACGACAAGCGCACAACAACGCCAUACAUGACCAAAUACGAGCGAGCGCGUGUACUGGGUACAAGAGCGCUGCAGAUAAGUGGUAACGCUCCGGUGCUGAUAGACGUCGAAGGCAUGACAGAUCCUCUCCAGAUCGCUGCCAAGGAACUGCAAGAGAAGAAGAUCCCGCUUGUGGUGCGGCGGUAUCUGCCUGACGGAUACUACGAGGAUUGGACGUGCGAAGAGCUUUUGACAUGA